CGUGUCUCAGCGAGCCAGUCCCAGCGGAUUCACGUGUUAAUUCACUGGCGUGUUGCGCGGCAGAAGCACCCCCCACUCUGCCUUCCCCCACUUCCAACUGUUGUGCUGCGGCAGGGCUCGGGGUGAGUGUCAGCUGAGCCCUUCUUUCUGGGGCAGCCCUCCUGAUUCCGUGACAGCCCAGUCUGAUGGACUUGGUCUUUGCUUCCCCGUAGCACACAGAGCAACGCGCUCCUUAAAGGGACCUCGUGCUUGUCGGCGCGACUGAGGGCUGGGCGAGGCGGGCUUCCGCCCAAGAAUGAGUGGGGAGGGGUCCUGAGGAACCUCCACGUCCUCCCGGCGCGGGGGAGGGAAGGAGCCUGCAGACCGAGGGGACCAGAGCGCCGGUAGCCGGGGCCCGGCUGGCAGUUAGCGGCUGCUAGGGGCGCUGCCUGCGGUGCAGAGGGUGCGGGCGGCGCGCCUUGCGGUUGCCUGCGCUGCCGCGAGCCGGCGCCCAGCGGCGCGCCCGCAGUCAGGCCCCGCGGACUGCUCCGGGCAGGGCCGCGUGCGCUCACCAUGAAGGCUCAGCGCUAGGCUUCUGCAGCAGCCUCCGACCGCUCGGAUUCGGCGGUGCACUUGGCAGAGGCUCCUGCCCGGCGAGAGCUCGCAGCCAGAUCCGCUCUCCAGCUGCCGGGACAACUUCGCCGUCGCCUGUUUACUUCUCCGGGAGCCAGGGACUCUGUCCUGCACCGCAGCCACCCCUGCCCCUCGGCCGCCUCUUAAGUCAGCCUCCCGGGCUCGUCCGACGGCAACCCCGGGGAAGCGCUAGCGAGGAGGGGCUGCGAGCCGAGCAGAAGCCCCCCGACUGCUCAAGCUCUCGUGACCGCCUCUGUUCUGGGGUUCGGAGAGGGCCCGUGCGCUGCCCGGGGAAGCAAUGCAAGUCUCCAUAGCCUGCACAGAGCACAAUUUGAAGAGUCGGAAUGGUGAGGACCGACUUCUGAGCAAGCAGAGCUCCAACGCCCCCAAUGUGGUGAACGCAGCGCGGGCCAAAUUCCGCACGGUCGCUAUCAUCGCGCGCAGCCUGGGGACGUUCACCCCUCAGCAUCACAUUUCUCUCAAAGAGUCCACCGCCAAGCAGACUGGCAUGAAAUAUAGGGUUCCUCAGAGAUGCAUCAACAGAGAAAGGAUCUUCAAGUUUGUUUGCACUGGGGCCGGUGUGCUGAGACCACUUGAGGAGAUAAAUGUGGGGUUUCUCCCUGCAGCUCCUUCCUCACUUUUCAACUUCAAGAAUCUUGGGAAAUCAGGACUCAGAGUUUCGUGCUUGGGUCUUGGAACAUGGGUGACAUUUGGAGGUCAAAUUUCCGAUGAGGUUGCUGAACGGUUGAUGACCAUCGCCUAUGAAAGUGGCGUUAAUCUCUUUGACACUGCUGAGGUCUAUGCCGCUGGAAAGGCUGAAGUGAUUCUGGGCAGCAUCAUCAAGAAGAAAGGCUGGAGGAGGUCCAGCCUGGUCAUAACAACCAAGCUCUACUGGGGUGGAAAAGCGGAAACAGAGAGAGGAUUGUCAAGAAAGCACAUUAUUGAAGGAUUGAAGGGCUCCCUCCAGCGGCUGCAACUGGAGUACGUGGAUGUGGUCUUCGCCAAUCGCCCAGACAGUAACACCCCCAUGGAAGAGAUUGUUCGAGCCAUGACACAUGUGAUAAACCAAGGCAUGGCCAUGUAUUGGGGCACCUCACGGUGGAGCGCUAUGGAGAUCAUGGAAGCCUAUUCUGUGGCAAGACAGUUCAAUAUGAUCCCACCAGUCUGCGAACAAGCCGAGUAUCACCUUUUCCAGAGAGAGAAGGUGGAGGUCCAGCUGCCGGAGCUCUACCACAAAAUAGGGGUUGGUGCGAUGACAUGGUCUCCACUUGCCUGUGGAAUCAUCUCAGGAAAAUAUGGAAACGGGGUUCCUGAAAGUUCCCGGGCCUCACUGAAGUGCUACCAGUGGUUGAAGGAAAGAAUUGUGAGUGAAGAAGGCAGAAAACAGCAAAACAAGCUGAAAGACCUGUCCCCGAUCGCCGAGCGCCUGGGCUGCACACUACCUCAGCUUGCCGUCGCCUGGUGCCUGAGAAACGAGGGUGUGAGCUCCGUGCUCCUGGGAUCAUCCACUCCAGAACAACUCAUUGAAAACCUCGGUGCCAUUCAGGUUCUCCCGAAGAUGACAUCCCACGUGGUAAAUGAGAUCGAUAACAUAUUGCGCAACAAGCCCUACAGCAAAAAGGACUAUAGAUCAUAAGGCAAUGCAUGAGCCUCAGAAGCUGCAUGGUUAAUUAGUGGCCUGUAGCCAGUACAGAACCGUUUUACUAGCCAGUUUUUCGAUCACUUAGCAGCCUACUGCUCAACCUCUAGCGUCCCCGGAUUCUCUGAGGUGUCUGCUGUCACUACCACUGUGCACCUGAAUUAUGAGCACAUCUGAAAAUCCACAACCAAGAAAUGCCAUUCUAUUUUCUUAUCUCGGACUGGAGUCGCCGACCUUGCACCGCUCUGUAUACCUGCUGCUUAUGCAAUGGCGCGAACGGGGAAAAGCUGAUUACUUCAGGCGCUUGGUAGUUGAAAGGCGGCUGUACAGAUCUAUUUUUUCAAAGAACAAAAUCCACAGAUGCAGUAUGAAGUGUGUAAGAAACAGUGGGAUAUCUUUACUCAGAAACAAUUUUACACUUUUCCCAUUUGCAUUCACAUUAGCAGGUUUUGUUUCACUUGUCUUUCAACAAAACCCAAAUUUCUAGGUUAUCUGCUUUCAUUACCUUUGAAAUAUUUACUGUUGCUUGGUCCUGUACAAUUUACCCAGGGUGUCUAUUAGGAUUCUAAUAAUGUUAUGUCCUCCAUUUAUGUGUAGAGAUGGUAAAAGAAUGAAUGCCCCUAAUUUUAGAAACAUUAUGGCUAAUUUAUGAAAGGGAAGGUGUUACACUGCUGUGGAAACUUAGCUUCAAAUAAAAUGUAAUGUAUCUGCAA